GCUUGCUCUCCAUGCACUCUUCCAAGCCCCAAAGCAAAAGAAGAAACAGACCAAAAAGGAGAGGGAAUUAAAAGGUUGGUAGAGUGAGAGACAUACAAUUGCACAAUACCCAAAAAGAAAUCCACUGAAACAGAGAAAUAUGAGAAGCAAGAAACUGAUAGUGUUUUGUAUUGUGGUGGCCUCAUUGGCCAUGGCAUCAAUGGCAACAAUGGAGGAUGACGAGAAUGAAUGUGCAGAGCAGAUGGCAACCCUUGCAGCUUGCAUUCCAUUUGUGAGUGGCACAGCAAAGAAACCAACACCAGAGUGCUGUGAAAACACCAAGAAGGUGAAGGCCAACAAACCCAAGUGCUUAUGUGUUCUCAUCAAAGAGAGCACUGACCCUUCCAUGGGCCUCCCUGUCAAUACAACUUUGGCUCUCCAAAUGCCCUCAGCUUGCAACAUUGAUGGCAAAAUCUCUGAUUGCCCAAGUAUUCUGAAACUGCCACCAAAUUCCCCGGAUGCAAAGAUUUUUAAAGAGGCAGAUUCAAAUUCUACCACAUCCCCCACAACUGAUGGUCAUGAUCAUCAUUCUACACCCACUUCAGCUUCUACUUCUUCAUCAUCAUCUGUCUCAACAUAUUCAAAGCCAUCAGACUCAAAAGCAACUCCAAGCAGUGGAGCAACAUUAAUGAAGUUAACUGAGACUACAUAUCUGUUGAUGAUGAUGGUUUCGAUGGCACUGAUGUUCAACUGA